GUAGGAACCAAGCGAACAGUAAUAACAAUGAUAAUAGUUGGAUUUUUGGGCAGGCUUUUCUUGUUCCAUCUUCACUUCAGGUAAUAUACAAAAGGCUUUCUAAAAUAGCACAUCCGUCGUUCCUCGUCCCAUUCUUCUUCGCCGUCGCACAUCGGUCACACCACAAAUCCUGCGAAAUGGCUAGCCAUUUCAAGCCUCCGGCUUACUCGCAAAAGUUUCCCGACCUCCCCCAGUUCUCGGGAUUCAUGAAGCCAUGCCGAUUUCAGGGCGAAGCUUCCAACCUGGAAGUCCAAGGCUCAAUCCCUCCCGAAAUUGAUGAUACCUUUUAUCGUGUCAUGCCCGAUCCGCAGUUCGUCCCUUUUAUAGAGAACGAUCCGUGGUUCAACGGCGAUGGGAAUAUUAGCGCGUUCCGCAUCAAGGAUGGGCGCUGCGACUUCAAGCAGCGUUAUGUGCAGACGGAAAAGUUUGUGCGUGAGCGAGAUGCAAAAAGGGCAUUGUUAGGCAAAUAUCGAAACAAGUACACGGAUGCAGUCGAGUUCAAAGUUCGCAGCACCGCCAACACCAACAUUAUCUAUUUCAACGGCCGCCUGCUCGCCUGCAAGGAGGACUCUCCACCCUACUGCUUGGACCCGGAAACCCUUGAAACCAUGUGGCUCGAGACCUUUGACGGCCAGCUGCCGAGCCUGACGUUUACGGCGCACCCCAAGGUGGACGCGCACACUGGGGAGCUCAUCUGCUUCGGCUACGAAGCCCGCGGCGAUGGCACCCCGGACGUGUGCUACUUUACCUUUGACAAGAAGGCAGCCAUUCUCGAGACGGUUUGGUUGGUCGCUCCCGUUGUCGCCAUGAUCCACGACUUUGCUGUCACGGAGAACUGGGUGCUAUUUCCAAUCAUCCCCCAGACAUGCGAUCUGGAGCGGAUGGAGAAAGGCGGGGAGCAUUGGCAGUGGAAUCCCGACAUUCCUUUUUACUUGGGCGUUUUGCCGCGGCGUGGAGCAAAGGGGUCAGAUAUCAAGUGGUUCAAAGCGCCAAACUCCUUCCCCGGCCACACCGUGAACGCCUACGAGGACGAGUCGGGCAACAUCGUCUUCGACCUACCCCUGACCAACACAAACGUCUUCUUCUGGUGGCCCGACGCCCAGGGCAACUCCCCCGACCCCAAGGAGAUCGCCGCGCGCCUGGUGCGCUUCACCUUUGACCCGCGGUCCGCCGAGCGGGACCUGCCGGAGCCCGAGGUGCUCUGCAGGCUGGACUGCGAGUUCCCGCGCGUCGACGACCGCGUCUCCAUGGCCAGGCACGCGCGGGCCUUUUUCGACAUGACGGACCCCGCCCUGCCCACCGACAUGGCCGCCAUUAUGCGUCUCGGGGGCGGCGGCCACCCCAUGUACAACUGCAUCGGCCACCUGGACUACGCCACGGGCCGGCUGGACCGCUACUUCCCCGGCAGCACGCACCUGGUGCAGGAGCCCGUGGUGGUGCCGAGGUCGAGGGACGUGCCCGAGGGCGACGGCUGGGUCGUGGUCCUGGUGAACAACUACGCCAACAUGUCGAGCGAGCUGCACAUUGUCGACACCAGGGACUUGUCCAAGGCGCAGGCCAUCGUCUACCUGCCUGUCAGGCUGAGGGCCGGACUGCAUGGGAACUGGGUAGAUGCCGGGGAUAUCAAAGGGUAG